UGAAUGAAGCAACAAGCUAGUAGAAUUGAAGACACCUCCGAAUCCGGCCGGCUCCAAUUCCGAUUCCAACCCCCACAUCCCCAUCCGUGCUCUCUCUUUGUUUCUUUCUAGAUACUCUCUCUCAGAGAGGCAGAGUACAAGUGUAUAUAUAAGGUUGCUGGAGUUGGAUGGGUAGUGCAAUAGGCCGCUUUAUCAUCAUCUAUCUCUUCUUCCAGUUCCAGCUCUCUCUCUCUCGUCUUAUUGUUGGUCGUUGACAAGUUUUGGUUGGGCAUGAGGAUGAGGGAGAGCAACGAGGAGGAGAAGAAGAGCGUGUGCGUGAUGGACGCGUCCGGCCCGCUCGGCCACGCCCUCGUCGCCCGUCUCCUCCGCCGAGGCUACACCGUCCACGCCGCCACCUACCCCCACCACCACCACCAUCCAGAAGAAGAGUACCAGCAGCACCCCCGCCUGAAGCUGUUCCGCGCCGACCCCUUGGACUACCACGCCAUCGCCGACGCCGUCCAUGGCUGCUCCGGCCUCUUCGCCAUCUUCAACACCCCUUCCUCCUCGCAAUCGCAAUCGCACUCCUGCUUCCUAGAUGAGGAGGAGGGUAUGGUGGAGGCGGAGGUGCGAGCGGCGCACAACAUUCUGGAGGCGUGCGCGCAGACGGACACCAUGGAGAGGGUGGUCUUCAACUCCUCCGUCACCGCCGUCGUGUGGAGGCCUCAGCCGGAGGAGGACGAUGACGCUGCCUUGCAAUUGGACGAGAACACCUGGAGCGACCUCACCUUCUGCAGAAGAUUCAAGCUGUGGCACGCUCUGGCCAAGACGCUAUCGGAGAGGACGGCGUGGGCCCUGGCAAUGGACAGAGGAGUAGACAUGGUGGCCAUCAACGCCGGCCUGCUCACCGGCCCCGGCCUCACCGCCGGCCACCCUUACCUCAAGGGUGCACCCGACAUGUACGACCACGGCGUCCUCGUCACCGUCGACGUCGACUUCCUCGCCGACGCCCACAUCGCCGCCUACGAGUGCCCCACCGCCUACGGACGCUACCUCUGCUUCAACAACGCCAUCUGCCGCCCGGAGGACGCCGCCAAGCUCGCCCAGAUGCUCAUCUCCUCCGCCGCCGCGCCGCGACCCCCUGCGCCGCCGAGUGAUGAGCUCAAGGUGAUCCCACAGAGGAUCCACACAAAGAAGCUCAACAAACUCAUGCUGGACUUCACCAGUGGCGUAUACGGGGACAUAAAUUAAAUUAAACUAGGGGAUUUGCCUUCCUUUAUUUUAUAUAUCACACGUGCAACUAGACAUGUACUACUCCUCUUGUAUCUUCUUCUAUUUCUUUUAUUCUUUCUCCUCUAAAGGGAGGGAAAUUUGGUUUGGUCAAAUGUACAUGUUGUACAUGGCCAAGCUGCCACAUGUAUUCCAUUCUUACAGAGGGUAAGAUCAUUUCAAUGAUUACUUAUAUACCAACAAACAAAAUCCCUAGGUGAUCAAACACUAGGAAAAUAUAUUUGCAGCUGUGUUAACUCUCUA